AUGGCUUUGCCGAAAGGAUCCGAAGCUUUGAUCUUUCAAACCUCAGGCGCCGGAUAUCGGCUUUCUCUGCUUCUCAAUGCUGCUGCUUGUGAACUUGCACAGUCAAGGAUUGAGAUACACAGCAUCGCCAAGGGCGUUUCGCUGUUCGCGUUGGCCCUCAAACAGGUGGGACAGAAAAUGAGCAGCACGAACUUGGAUCUCUCAAACAAGGCACAAGAGAAGGCAUGCGAGGUUGCCUACCAAGGUCAGACAGUCUUUGUGGAAAUCCAGCUUAUGCUGGAUAAGCUGCAUGUAACAGAGACAGACGAUGGCUUGAGAAGGGUACCCAUUUUCGAGCGCUUGAAACGAUGCUUCAGGAAACAGCAUGUCACAUACUUGCUUGCACAUCUAGAAUCCCUAAAGUUCAGUCUCAUUGUGAUGCUCCGGGCAUUGCAACUGGCCGAGUCAGUCAAGUCGAGUGGUGACGAACCUGAGUCUAACGACGAUAUUGCACAAGAAAAGGCCGAAGCGCAAAACAUGAUCAUUGUUCGUCACUGGUCAAUACGACGACUAGAUCUCUUGUGGGAUUACGCAAAGGAGGAAGCAUGGGAGGCUGAGCAUGACAAGAUCAGCAAGAAGAUCAACUGCAGAUACUUGGAUACAGCCUUUACAAACCCCUUGUCUUCAACAACAAGAAGCUUUGAUCUCACGAAGAUACGUACGGUGACCUUCGAUGACAUCGACUUAGAGAUGCGCAGGAUUGAAAGAGUGCCAAAGGAUAUGGUCCAUAUUUCCGAGACCGCAGUGAAUCACCUCUUAGCGCUCUGGAUAUCAGCACCCGAUUCCAAAAGCCCUAACGAUAAAUCGGACGACUCAUGUCAUUCUCGAGUACGUGUCUCCGAUGAUGCAAACGACCUUGAAGAUCGGAAUGUCGACGGUCAACAUCUCGAGAGCGAUACGACUGACAAACCUCAGUGCCAAAAAGACCAGCACCAGGGCACCAAGUUGCAAAGAUCCUAUAGUCAUCAGCCUCGAGUGGAAGAUCAUUUAGAAUCUGACGAGAAGUCCAAAAAGAAGUGCCGCGUACGUUUCGACCUUGCUCUCGACAGUGGCUUCUCAGCCUCUAGUCCGAACCUCCAUCAUUCUCAGCCACGUUACCAGACUGCUCCACCUCGCCCACAUCUACAGUCAGUUCAAAAUGACCACCGCAGCAGAAAGUACAGCAAUAAUGUCCAACCAACAUUGAAACAUCACCGGGACGCACUCUCUCAUCAGCGUGAUUCUUAUAAACGGCCAUCGGGCUAUAAUGAUAUCCUUCAGCCCCGUCAACGUGCAUCCACGCAUCAGCUGUUAGAUACCGACUUCCGACCUUCGCCCCGUCGUCACCGGAAAUCCUCACGGGAAGAAAAGAACGAACGGAACAAUUUCUUGAUCCGUACUGCGACUCGAGGACUGGUGGGGAUCGGUGCAAUCGCUGGGUUUAUGGACGCACUAGAAGCAUUCUCAAUCCUUUGA